GCAGCCAUUUUCUUCGGGGACCGUUAUGCAAACGACUCCUUCAGGGUAGCGAAAGAAAUUUGAAGUGUUUCUGGGUCUGGUUAGCAACUCCGAGGAGAAAAAUGCAUCAGCGUUUAGACUUACAGGUGCCUAGCUCAAGGUGUCUUUUAACUUACUCCCUUCGAUUUUAGGAAGAACUAGUAGUAAUAAGUGCAAAACGUAGGAUACUUAUUACUACCGAUCUAUUAAAACAUGCUAUGUAGAAGGCAGGACUUAGGCUGGAAGGGGCAAGAGGUGGUAUCCUUCCGCCAGAGAUACCCGAGAAUAGAGUCCUGGUCCUUUUAGCCUGGCUGCCAAGGGGUGGGGUGUAGGGCGGAAGUUAUGGCGCAGGUCCGAAGUCUAGCUGCUGAAGGGCGGAAGUAGAAUCCCGAAGUCUUGCAAUCAUGGCUCCAGAAGAGGAAGAUGUAAGAGAUUACAAUUUGACGGAGGAACAGAAGGCGAUCAAGGACAAGUAUCCUCCGGUCAAUCGAAAGUACGAAUAUUUGGACCAUACAGCUGAUGUCCAGUUACAUGCAUGGGGAGAUACCCUGGAGGAAGCAUUUGAACAGUGUGCCAUGGCUAUGUUUGGUUACAUGACAGACACUGGCACUGUGGAACCCCUCCAAACAGUAGAAGUAGAAACCCAAGGAGAUGACUUGCAGUCUCUGCUGUUUCACUUUUUGGAUGAGUGGCUUUACAAGUUCAGUGCUGAUGAAUACUUCAUACCCCGGGAAGUGAAAGUACUCAAUAUUGAUCAAAAAAAUUUCAAGUUACGGUCAAUUGGGUGGGGAGAAGAAUUUUCACUGUCCAAGCACCCUCAGGGAACAGAAGUCAAAGCAAUAACAUACUCGGCGAUGCAAGUCUACAAUGAAGAGAAACCUGAAGUGUUUGUGAUCAUCGACAUUUAAGAUACCAAAGAAAGGAAGAAAAGAA